AUGAAGCUGACGCAGCUACUGCUCUCGGCCAGCUUGUUGCUGGUGCCAGGGCUGGCCCACAACAUCCAGUUGCCGGCGCAUGGCCGCGAGUGCUUUCACGAGAACCUCCAUGCCGGCGACAAGAUGACCGUCACCUUCCAGGUCGGCGAUCGCGAGUUUGGCAGCGCGGGGAAUCUUGACAUUGACUUUUGGAUCACCAACCCCAUCGGCCAGUACGAGUUCAACGAAAAGUCCGUCUCCAACGGCGACUUCUCAUUCGACGCCAAGCACGACGGCAAGUACACAUACUGCUUCGGCAACGAGCACUGGGGCGCCAACACCAAGGAGGUCUCGUUUAACGUACACGGCAUUGUCUACGUCUCCGAGGCCGACGUGCCUCAAGAUCCCCUAGAGGUCGAAGUCCGCAAGAUGGCCGAGCUGCUGGAGCGCGUCAAGGACGAGCAGAGCUACAUCGUGGUCCGCGAGCGCACGCACCGCAACACGGCUGAGAGCACAAACAGCCGAGUCAAGUGGUGGAACAUCUUCGUGAUUGGCGUCGUCAUCGGGGAAAGCCUCUUCCAGGUCUGGUGGCUGCGCCGCUUCUUCGAGGUCAAGAGGGUGGUUUGA